CCAUCUUCCCCUCAUCUGCUCGCAAACACACGCGCGAUUUGAUGCCUUCCCACCUGGACGCCACCCGAGAUGCCUUCUGCACCGUCAACACCGCGGCGAGAGACGCCGUCGCGCCGUCGCGGCCGCCCGCGAGUCUCCACAGCCACCACGGCGCGAUCCAGCCGCGCCUCGGGGAGUGCGACUGAGCCUCCCCACAAGAAACGACGAUACGUCCCCGGCGGCCCAGGCGGCGGCGGUCGCUUCGUCGACGAGGACGGCACCGAGAUCCCGGCUGAGCCCAGCGUCACCCGCCCACGGGCCCCCGGACCUGCGUCCGGCGCCGCCUCGUCCACCCCCAAGCCCACCUCAUCCUCCUCCCAGAACCCUCUCGGCGCCUCGUCCGCCCCCGCUUUCCCCCGGCGGGAGCGCAGCACGCGAACACGGACCGCCACGAGCAGGUUUGAGCCCGAUGACGAGCAGUUCAGCUCGGCCGCUGCUAUCACCAGCGCCGUCAUACAGAGCGAGGGCUACAAGCCGCGCGAGGAGCGCGGUUGGGAAGAGUUCCACCCCAACCUCGACAUCGAGGCCACCUUUAUGGUGUUCCACGCAGAAGAUGUUGACGGCACUGCCAAGCCCGUGGCGCCGACACCAAAGCCGUCCUCUCAGACGCUCACCGUCGGCGCACCGACCCCGUUGGGUGCCUCGCCCCACAAGGAUCAGGACGAGGAUAACAAAACUGCCCAAGAUGGCGCCCCCGAGACUCCCGUGGACGCUCCGCCUACCACGCGGCGCAGGGUCGGGAGGCCGCCCAGGGACACAAACACGCUCUUCGGGGGCCGGAUGGACCUGUCCAUGACCCCAAAGGUUCCCAAGGUGCUCCCCAUCCACAACCAAACACCAAAGGAGCGGCUGGACCUCAAGCAACCUUCCUACCGCAACACGGACCGUAUAGCGCUGUUCGAAAGUAAGACUUUUGGACAGGCUCGAUACGUCGAGAAGUCCAUGAUGAACGUGGGGUACCAAGAGAGCGACAACUAUGUACGACCCGACCGGAUGCUCAUCAAAUCCGCAGACGCAAACGUCGACGAGGACGCGGAGCAGUCUUCUGUGGCCAAAGCCGAUGCCGGCUCGGGAGCCUCCCCCGCCAACGCGCUCGGUCGGGUUGAGUACGACAUGGACGAGCAGGACGACAUGUGGCUAGAGAAAUACAAUGAGCGCCGCAAGGAAGGCAGCCUCGAGACGAUAACGCGAGAGAUAUUCGAGAUCACAAUCACCAGGAUCGAGAAAGAGUGGCACGCCCUAGAGAAGAGGAUACCGAAGCCCAACCCCAAACCACCGCAGACCCACAGGCCGCGAUCGAGCUCGGCCGCGGCCGUGAACGGCGAGACGCAGGCUGGCGAGGAGCAGGAUAGUAAAUGCGCCAUUUGCGACGACGGCGACUGCGAAAACACGAAUGCAAUAGUGUUUUGCGAUGGCUGCGAUCUUGCCGUCCAUCAAGAAUGCUACGGCGUUCCCUUCAUUCCCGAGGGCCAAUGGCUCUGCCGGAAGUGCCAACUGAUAGGGCGGGGCAUCCCGACAUGCAUCUUCUGCCCCAACACAGAUGGGGCCUUCAAGCAAACCAACUCGUCCAAAUGGGCGCAUCUGCUAUGCUCCAUGUGGAUUCCAGAAAUAUCGCUGGGCAACCACACAUUCAUGGAGCCGGUCAUGGACGUGGAGAAGGUGCCCAAGACCCGUUGGAGGCUGACAUGCUAUCUCUGCAAUCAGCGCAUGGGUGCCUGUAUACAGUGUGGUAACAAGGCCUGUUACCAGGCAUUCCAUGUCACGUGCGCGAGGAGGGCACGGCUAUAUCUAAAGAUGAAGAACAGCCAAGGCGCUCUCGCUGUGCUGGAUGGCAACAUGAUUCUCAAGGCCUUCUGCGACAAGCACUGUCCAGCAGACUACACCAAGGAGAACAACGUGGCCCAGGCUACCAAAGCGGCCAAGAGGUUUUACAAAAAGGCCAUGAAGGGGAGGCUCUGGGCGGCGAGCCAAGAUUCUGCCGCGGAGCUCGCUGCCACCCACCGCCACGCCAUCCCCGACCACGCUGCGGAGGAGUCGCAGAUGACUGGCGUAAAGGUCAACGCGGUCCUAUCGGACAAGAAGAGGGGCCAGCCGCAAAAGUGCUGGUGGAGGCUGCCUUCUGGCGCCCCCGUGAUCCCCCUGGCCGUCCUCACCAACGUCGAAGGCGCAAUGCAGCGGUUUCCUUUUAGCAAGAGGAAAGAUUUCGUGGCCGAGGCCUGCAGAUACUGGACCCUGAAGCGUGAAUCACGACGGGGCGCGGCACUUUUGAAGCGCCUGCAGCUGCAGAUGGAGACCUUCUCAUCGAUGGAGCUGACACGGCGCAACUUUAGUGCCAUGGGGCCGUCUGGCAAGCCGAGACUGCAGAGGAGGAUCGAGUUUGCAAAAACGCUCCUCCGGGAUCUGGAACAGCUCAAGACUCUGUCGGAGGAGAUCGUGAAGCGCGAGCGUGACAAGCUGGAGGAGGCCGAGCUUCAGCAAGAGUUUGUCGACACGUGCUAUUUCCCUAUUUUCAAGUUGUUGUUACCGGUCAUCGAGAAGGCUAUUGCGCUCGACAAGAGCGUCUUCCAGGAUGGCCUGGCAGGACUACAGAGCAAACUUGAGGCACGAUACUACACCACGACGCUCUCUUUUGCACACGACCUGUGUGAGGUAAUCCAUGUUGGCAUCAACUCGGCCCCCGCCGCGUCAAAGUCGCAACCGGCCCAAACAGCCCCCGAACAUGCAGACACUUCGCCUGCCAAAUCCAGUGGCUUUUCGGAAGCCAGAGACCGCAAGCGACUGGGCAAGCGGAUGCUCAAGGCGGUCCAGCCGCACCUGGAGAAUGCACUACGCGCCGAGGCUGACAUUGCCAACAAGCCUUUUGAGAAUAUGGUUAAGGAAUUGGAGGGAAUGAUCGACGCAAGCGUGGAGCUGAGACAGGCAUCUAUCACCGUCUCCCAGGAUGAAGCACCGGUCGAGGCGGACCAGGACGUUGUCAUGGUGGAUACACUCGACGAAGGCCAAAUCAUCGUGGCCGGCCAGGGCGAGCAUGUGGUGACUCUUGUCGAGAACGAGGAGGACCCGUCCGGAGCUGGAGAUGGUAUGGAGGUUGACGAGGCAGUCGACCAUGACCCCGGCAGUAUCGUGGUUACGACCCACAUGGACAAUUCCUUGGCAAAGGCCAAUGGCUCCAUGUCGUCAACACCGUCAGUGGCAGACCAGGUUGUGCAGGUGACUCUGGACAAGAACGACAUGGUCAUGGCCAACGGCACCGUCAAGCCUUCAGACACGCCUCCUGCGGAUGGCGACUACAUGCCCAUGGCGCAGCCGGCGCACACGGGGCCGCUCACGCCGCCGCAGUCAAACGGCGGUCUUGGAGGCGGGGCGACGGACGUGCUGACCGACGGCGGGCUGCCUUGGUACCUCAAGGGCUUCAGCGUUGAGGGCACGUCGGCGGCCGAGGAGCAAUGGCCGGGCAGGGACGCCGUCCGCAGCCUGAGCGAGGACCUGACGGACAUGGACGACGAGGAGCUCAACGGGCUCGAGUUCGACGUCGAGGACAGCACCAUCACGGCCUCGCCCGUCAACCCGGCCGCCGAGGCGACGGUGAGCGCGUCUCUGGCCACCCCGUCUGCGCGCAAGAGGAGCGGCGGCGGCGCCAAGUUCAGGAAGGGGGUCAGGGCUUCGGCUAGAAGACGAUAGUCGGUGACCCAAGGCAGGAAAUUCUGGGCAGCAAAGGGGCCCUCCCUCUUCGCCCUUUUUUUUUUUUUUUUUUUUACUUCGUAUUCUUUUCGACUCGUUUAUUUCUUUUUCUCUGU